AUGAGCUAUAGCUCAAAACGUAUUUAAUCAAAAGUUUGAGAAUCCUGAGCGUUUACUCUGGGACAAAUUAAGGACAUUAAACCAUCUGCAAUGGUAAAAACAUUGUGCUGCUUCAAUAAUGUGUACUUUUACUUUAUUCUUUAGUAUGGAUUAUCACUUUUAAGAGUAAAUUGACACUGUGUUAGUUUUUAGUAAAAAUCUGGAUAAUUUUUGGGCUUUAAUGUCACAAAUUUUAUUCUGACACUCAAUUUUUUACAUAAGCUGGAAUUGCAAGUCCAGUUCAAACAUCUGACUUCUGGCUGCACAUAUAAAUCAAUUUUGAAGAGAUAUUUUGGUCAUAGAGAUUCAUGGUUUAAGGAUGGCAGCGUGGCUGCUGCCAGUACAAUUAUCCUUCUGUAUCCACUUCAUGACUCUGUCAAGAAGCAGACAUAAGAAAUCAUUAGUGUGAUAGCGAGUCGUGAUUCAAACAUCAGAGAUCUUUUCCUUCUCUUCUUGUGCUGCAGAGCUGCAUGAUCAAUAUGUGUUUCCUAAUGGGCAUUCAUUAUUUUGUUUACACGUUUAUAGAAAGAGGCACAAUUUGUGUCACGCUGCCCCGCACUGUUGAAGCCACGCAUUAUGUGUUCCAUCCAAACCGAAUCUUUCAAUCUAUCAAUUUUUGAGGGAGUGAAAGGGGAAGUUUGACUUGGAUAAUUAAACUGUCAUCAAAAAAAAGAAGAAAGAAAACAGGGGGAGGUGUCAUGUCUUCAUCAUCACUCUCUUACUUCGUGAAAUUCUGUGCGGUCACAACACUAAGAGCACACGUGCGUGCGCACCGCCUCCACUCGCGUACUGCAGAGCGCGCGCAGCGAUCUGUGCCACCUGUCGGGGAUACGCAGCAGUUAUUUGAUUUCCCAAAAGACCGGUACCUUUUUUUUUUUUUUGUUCCUCCAACUUAUUUGGGAUGCAUCAAACACCUGAAACCGUGAGGGUUAUUGGGAUCCAGGCAUGCCUUUAGGAAGCCCCCUCGGUGAUUCAAGUUAAAAUGUCAGGAGACACCAACUACGAAGGCUCAGCGGGGACGGUCCACUCCGCGAACACCAGCCUCAGCUGCGUCUCCAACACCACCAGCUGUGACGGCGGCUCCAUCCACCUGUCGGACUUCAACCAGACAGAUGUUGUGGGAGAUGGCGCCGCUGUGGUGAGGGUCAUCAUCUCUAUCAUUUACUCGCUGGUGUGCGCGCUGGGUUUGGUCGGAAACGUGCUGGUCCUGUACCUGAUGAAGUCCAAACAAGUGUGGAAGAAAUCCUCCAUCAACCUUUUCGUAACUUGCCUGGCGCUCACGGACUUCCAGUUCGUGCUGACUCUGCCGUUCUGGGCGGUGGAAAACGUGUUGGACUUCACGUGGCUUUUCGGCAAAGCCAUGUGCAAGAUCGUCUCCUACGUGACGGCCAUGAACAUGUACGCCAGCGUGUUUUUCCUCACCGCCAUGAGCGUGACGCGCUACUGGUCGCUCGCCUCCGCGCUGAAGGGCAGGCGGCGGCGGCCGCACUGCUGCCCCGCGCGGUGCAUCACCGUCUUCAUCUGGGUCGCCGCCGUCUGCGCCGCGCUGCCGCACGCGGUCUUCUCCACCACGGUGAGCGUCUCCAGCGAGGACCUGUGCCUCGUCAAAUUCCCGGAAUCCAACGGAAGCGCGCACUUUUGGUUGGGGUUGUAUCACUCUCAGAAAGUGCUUCUGGGGUUUGUGCUGCCGCUGGGCAUCAUCUCCGCCUGCUACCUGCUCCUUUUGCGCUCCAUCACCUCCAAGAACAUCAACACGUCGAGCGCCAAACGACGCGCGAAGGUCACCAAGUCCGUGACCAUCGUGGUCCUAUCCUUUUUCCUCUGCUGGCUGCCCAACCAGGCGCUGACGGUCUGGGGUAUCCUCAUCAAACUCAACGUGGUUCACUUCAGUUACGAGUACUACACCACGCAGGUGUACGUGUUCCCGGUGUCGGUGUGCCUGGCGCACUCCAACAGCUGCCUGAACCCGGUCCUCUACUGCCUGAUGCGCAGGGAGUUCAGGAAAGCGCUGAGGAAACUCUUCUGGCGGAUGACCUCGCCGACCAUCAGGCCGUUCACGGCCACCACGAAGCCGGCGAUGGACGAGCAGCGGCCGGUCCUGGUCCCCGUCAGCGCGCCGGAGGAACCCGCGGUGGUCUUCUAUCCGCCGGGGGCCGUUAUGUUCACCGACCGGCGCGAUCUGCCGCGAGACGGGCCCUAGGGCGCCAUCAUCUCCAGCGCCACGUGCACAACGUCCUCGUUUUUUUUUUUUUUUACUGCUUUACCGAAAGCUGUCUGAGUUCAAGUUGUCCACUCGACGUGCUUCUCAUGCGUCUUUGGUUUUUCUUCACAACGGGAGAGACAUUGCCCCUGUACUAAGAAGACGAGCAGUAAUUUGAAUGUGCCAAUGCUUUUUUUUUCAAAUAUGUAAGAAACAAAUAAUAA